CUAGUUUCGAUCAGCUGUUUUUGGUAAACAAAAAACCGGCAGAGAAAUUUUAUUUCUAAAAUACAUAAAAAUGUUAAAGAUACGUCCGCGAUUGCUGAUUCAACAGUGCCUGCGACAUGCCCACAGCCAGGUGCGCGUCCGCUUUGCUCCAAGUCCCACGGGUUACCUGCAUUUGGGCGGUCUGCGCACAGCCCUAUACAAUUUCCUAUACGCCAGGCAUUUGGGCGGAAAAUUCCUGCUGCGGAUCGAGGACACGGAUCAAACUCGACUAGUGCCCGGUGCCAGUGAACGGCUGGUGGAGGAUCUGCUCUGGGCAGGCAUAGAAAUUGACGAGGGACCCGGUUUUGGCGGUCAACUGGGACCCUAUGUGCAGAGUCAGCGAACGGAAAUUUACAGCAAAGCCAUUGAGGAACUGCUCCAUAAUGGCACCGCAUACAGGUGUUUCUGCACCGAACGCCGUCUGGAUCUGUUGCGUAAGGAGGCGCUGAGAACUCGGCAGGUUCCACGCUAUGAUAACAAGUGCCGACAUCUUACGACGACGGAAGUUGACUCCCUACUGGCCAAGGAUACACCCCACUGCAUACGAUUCAAGCUGACGGAUCACGAGGAACCACUGGAUGAUCUCAUCUACGGCAAGGUGCAUCACAAUGUCAGCGACACCGAAGGCGAUCCAGUGGUCAUGAAGAGCGACCAAUUUCCCACCUAUCACUUUGCCAACGUGGUGGACGACCACUUGAUGGGCAUUACCCACGUCCUGAGGGGCGUGGAGUGGCAGAUAUCCACCACCAAGCAUUUGCUGCUCUACAAAGCUUUUGGCUGGCAGCCCCCUAAAUUUGGUCACCUGCCGCUUCUGGUGAAUGCAGAUGGCACUAAGCUAAGCAAACGUCAAGGAGACAUUGGCAUCCAACACUUUCGGGAACGCGGCUACUUUCCGCAGGCUUUAGUGAACUAUGUGGUUUCUGCAGGCGGAGGAUUCGAGCAUCGUACCAAUGCCAAGCAGCAGCUGCUCAGCAUGCAGGCGCUCUAUGAACAGUUUCACAUAGAGCGGGUCAACUCCCAUCCGAGUCGCCUUAAUCCCGAACUGCUCGAUGAUCUCAAUCGCAUGGAGAUUGCGCAGCGUUUGUCCGGCAAUGAAAGUCGCACGAAAUUGGUCAAUGAAGUGCAACAGCUGGUGAAAGAAGCCUAUCCGCACCACUCCAACUUAGAUCUAGCCGAGGACCACAUAUUGGAUGUGCUGAAUUGGUCAUCAAAGCGCUUAACACUGCUGCAGGAUUUGACCAGCAGCAAACUGAGUUUCCUGUGGGUAAAACCAUGCGAUUUUCAAAUUAAGGACCUGAGCGCGGAGCAACUAGCUCACUUGCUGCAGUUAAUCAACGCUAUCCAGGACUUUCACAAGGAUGAACUCAACGUUAAGCUAAAAUCCUUUGCUCAAAAAGAAAACAUUAAAUUUCCACAAAUGAUGAAAACACUAAGGGCAGCUCUAAGUGGCCUAAAGGAAGGUCCUGGCGUAGCGGAAAUGAUGGAGAUCCUAGGCAAAUCCGUCACUCUCGAACGACUCAAAGAAGCUCUGCCCAAGGAAAGUCUGCAUUUAGAACAACAUCAGUGAUUUGGUUAAGUUCUGUUGUAUUUGUAUGUAUAUAUAAUAGAUUAAUUUAUAUAUUAAUAA